AUGAAGGAGGAAAUCAGUGGAUUCUUUGUGAAAUUUCACGAGACCAUAAACAGUUCCAUAGAUGACGUCACGAGAAACAAUUUCGCGAAUUUAGAAACGAAUUCCAAACGCGUUGCCUAUUUAAACAGCCUUCCGGCAAUUAAAUCAUUUGAUCUUGCAGCGGAAGUGGAGAAGUGUAACAGUGGGGGUGAAUUUCCGGUAAAUAAACGGCUGGAGAAAGCUAAACUGUUGAAGGAUGAGGGCAAUAAGGAAGUACAGAAGGGUGACUGGGUCAGAGCUCUGCAUUUGUACACUUUGAGUAUAGUGCAUAUGCCAAAGAAGGAAACUGAAGAACUAUCGAUCGUAUUAGCGAAUCGAUCAGCCGCGUUGAAUCACUUGGAACAAUAUGAGGAAUGCUUGGCCGACAUUAGACGCUGUCUGGCUUCAGGAUACCCACGCCACUUGAGGUACAAGGUAUUUGAGAGACGAGCCAGAUGUCUGCUAGUUCUCAAGAGGAACCAAGAAGCCAUUAGGGCUUUCCAGGACACCAUAACAGCCCUCGACGAAGCCACCAGCCUGAACAAAGAAAAGAGACAAAAAUUACGAACAGACGCUAAAUUGAUGUUGGAAGUUUUAAACAGAGGUCUAGUGCUUGCUGGUAAUCCAAAAGAUCCUGAACCGUUAAUUAAAACUCUCUCGAAGCCCAAAUUACCGGGAAAGCAUAAUCCUAGCUAUCCAGCUGCAUCUGAUGCCAUACAAAUAGAAUGCCCGAUACCUCUAGCAUGCCCAACGUGCCCAAACGUUGUCUUCUGCAGCGACAAAUGUCAAGAAACUGCCCUCAAAUCGUAUCACGCGUACGAAUGUCCUAUUCUACCUUUGAUAUGGAAGUCAGGCUGUUCUAUCACCUGCCACAUAGCUCUACGAAUGAUAACUCAAAGAAGCAAAAACUACUUCAAAGAAUUGAGCAAAGACUUAGAUAAGAAACCGUCAGGUCAGUACAACAGCAACGACUACAAAAACAUUUACAAUUUAAUAUCACACGAAGAGAGAAGGUCAAAGCAGGAUUUCCUCCACAGAAGCCAGAUGGUGGUGUUUCUUGUUAAGCUUUUGGAGUUAAGUGGGUACUUUGAUUGCAAACCUAGAGACAAACCUAUAGAUAUUGAGGAGAUAAAGACAAUGGGAGUUGCUGAGGAACGCCGUGAUGAUGUAGAACUAUUCGGAGGCCUUCUGUUGAAGAAUAUUCAAGUUCUACAGUUCAACGCUCAUGAAGUGUUUGAGUUACAGUGCCAGAAGCGACGUUUAGAUGAAACUGUUAUAAAACACAAUGGAGAGUCAGUUUUUCUCGCAGGCGCUGUAUUUCCUACUCUUGCGCUUUUUAAUCACUCUUGUGAUCCUGGUGUUGUGAGAUACUUUGCGGGGCCUUACGUCGUUGUACGCGCUGUAAAAAUCAUAAAGAAAGGUGAAGAAGUGGCUGAGAACUACGGACCUAUAUUCACGACUACGCCUAAGGAAAAGAGGCAGACUACAUUGAAAGACCAGUACUGGUUUGAUUGCGCCUGUGUACCUUGUCAGCAAAACUGGCCUCUAUACGGUCAAAUGAAUGAGAAUUACAUGAGAUUCAAAUGCGAUUCAGGUCAACCGUGUUCCAACGUAAUUCCUGUACCUCACGACUGUACAGAAUUCAUGAUCAAGUGUGGACUAUGUCAGCAAUUCACGAACAUUUUGAAGGGGUUGAAGUCAUUGCAGGUGCCUUAA